AUGCAGCUCAUCAAGCCGGCAUGGGUGAUGCACACGGACGAGAAGAAGAAACGUCUGCCCAUCUUCUCGCUGCAUGUGCAUGGCGAUGGCUCACGGCUAGCCACCGGCGGUCUUGACUCAAAAGUACGAAUAUGGAGCACUGCAGCGAUACUGGACGAGCACAAUACAAUGCCCAAGUCGCUCUGUACGCUAACAAUGCAUGUCGGACCCGUCCUCUGCGUACGGUGGUCGCAUUCGGGUCGACUUCUCGCCAGCGGAUCGGAUGAUGGCCUGGUAAUGAUAUGGGAUUUAGAUCCGUCCGGUGCCGGGAAAGUCUUUGGAGAAGAGGAGGUGAACGUCGAGGGUUGGAAGGCGCUGCGUCGGCUUGCGGGCCAUGAGAGUGAUGUGAGCGACUUGUCGUGGAGCCCGCAGGAUAGAUUCCUGGCGAGUGUCAGCAUGGACAGCAGUGUCAUCAUUUGGGAUGAUCGGGUCGCUAAGCUCGUCGGUCACCAGGGCUUCGUGAAAGGUGUAUGCUGGGAUCCGGUUGGACAAUACCUUGCAACCCAAAGCGACGACAAAACAGUACGCAUCUGGCGAACCACCGAUUGGGCAUGCGAGCGGGUCGUGACGCAGCCUUUCGAACUGUCUCCAGCCUCAACCUUCUUCCGACGUCUUUCAUGGUCACCAGAUGGUGCUCACAUAACUGCCGCGAACGCAAUGAACGGGCCUGUGUUUGUCGCUGCUGUGAUUAGCAGGAAGGAGUGGACGAGUGAUAUCAGCUUGGUAGGACAUGAGAAUACCGUUGAGGUUGCCUCUUACAAUCCCCAUCUAUUUGUGAGGGAUGAAUCCAAGCCUGUCGACUCGCACAAUAUCUGUUCUGUGCUCGCACUUGGGGCAGACGACAGAAGCGUCAGCGUCUGGCAGACAAAUCAAGCGCGACCUCUUCUCGUCGCCUUAGAUGUGUUCGACAGGAACGUAUUGGACCUCUCGUGGAGCUUUGACGGACUGACUCUCUACGCCUGUUCAUCCGACGGUACCAUAGCCGUGAUGAAUUUUUCCCCUUCCGAGCUCCGCGGAAUCGCCCCACACGACGUACAGCUCCAGUAUCUCAAGGGGUACAAAUUCACUUCACCCAUGAACCUGACCUACCAAGCCGAGGCGCCUCAGCCAAUUCCAUUACCGCCUCAAUUCGUUGCCCCAGCACAAAGAGUGCAGCCUUUGCCUGCUCAGCCGCCGAUUAACGUCCGGGGGACACAGGAAGUCACUAGGACGAAGGAUGGGAAGCGGAGAAUUCGCCCAGUACUCCUCUCCCAGGGAUCGAGCACUUCUCUGCCUCCUCCUGUACACCCGUACCAGCAACCACUGCAGAACGGCAUUCAUAUACAGCCUCAACCGACCGCUCAGCUCGCCUACACCCAGCCCGUACUACAACACGCGAUGGCAGAGCCCAGUAACCCCUUCACUAGCACACCUCUUUCUGUCUCACAACCUGGAAGCUAUGCUAGCUCGAUGCCGCUUUCUGGUCAGGCAGGAUUGGCAGACGACGACGUCCAAAUGGUCGACAGCUGGGAGCCUGCCGAGCCUGCUUCCACCGCUGGUGGCAGCUCCCCACGCAAAGGCAGGACGCUUGGGGGCGACAGGGUGCGGGAGCCCAUUGUCGUUCGCGAGCUGUUGGGCUCUACGAGCGCGGUGAUGCCCAUUGUGAACCUACCCUCUGCAUCUGGGGCAACAAGGACUUCAGAACCCGUGCUCAAGGCGCCGGGGUUGAAGACUUAUGUCGCUGCGCCGAUGGAAGGUGCGAAAGAGGGUGAUGUCCUUGAAGGAAGGAACCCUGAUGAACCAGACAAACCUUCGGAUGUUCAGCUGUAUCAGAACAAAACGGUGCAGUGGCUCGACUAUCUCCCUUCGCGGAUAGUAGCUGUCGCUUCUACGAGCGUGUUUUUCGUUGCCGCCUGUAUAGAUGGAGGGAUAACAGUGUAUUCCCAAACCGGGCGAAGGAUGCUCCCUACACUGAUGCUCGACUCGCGAGCCGUGUUCUUACAGGGCCUAAAACAAUAUCUCCUCGCAAUAACCGAGCAAGGAACACUAGCAGUCUGGAACGUCAAAUCCGCCCAAGCCAUCGUCCCCCCUUCCUCCAUCCGGCACCUGCUCAUCUCCCAGCUCCUCUCGGUCCAGUUACGCCCUAACGGCGUGCCAGUACUCAACUUUUCGGACGGCACUGCCUUCUCGUACGAUCCCGGGCUGAGCUGCUGGCAUAAACUGUCUGAUGCGUGGUUCGCCCGCGGAUCAGAUAGCUGGGACGCAGCCCGCACGCGCGCCUCCCGGCCCGCCGCUCCUCGAGGACCGAUAGCAACGCUCGAAGCCGCGAUAUCGGAGGCGAAGCCGCUCGAGCUCUUGAUAGAGAACAAACCGGAAUGGUGGAGCGCUGCGACGACGCUUGCCCACUUGGAGUCGCGUAUGUUCGGUGCGAAGGCUCUGGAUAGUCCGGGGGAGUACAAGUUGGCGCUGCUGGGGUAUGCGCGGAGGCUUGCGGAUGAGGGAUUUAGGGGCAAGGCGGAGGAAUUGAUUAAGGAGCUUUGUGGACCUGUGUAUUGGCGACUGCGAAAGGAGCCUUGGGAACCUACUGUGCUGGGGAUGCAGAAACGGGACUUGCUCAAAGAAGUUCUGUCGAUAUUUGCGAGGAGCAAGACAUUGGUCAAGUUAGGCUCGGACUAUCAAGACCUGAUGAAGAGGAUUGUGGUGGAGGAUGUUUAA